AUGGUUCAGACAAGACGUUAUAAAGCAAAAUCAAAUCCAUCUAUCGAACAAAUUGAACAAAUUGAACAAAAAGACGAUUCUAAUUCUUUACAACAAACUUCAACAUCAUAUGUAAACAAAUUUUCACCACUCUGUACACUUCCUCCGGAAACUUUUUUACAAAUUUGUAAAAAUUUAUCACCAGCUGAUUUACUUUCUCUUUCGAGAACUUGUAAAUUAUUUUAUAAUGAUCUUUGUUGUGAAGAUUCUUUAACUAUUCAAGGAAUUUGGAGACAAUCUCGUUAUUCUUUUAUGCCCUAUCGUAAACUUGUACCACCUGAAGGAAUGAGCGAGAGACAAUAUGUUAGAUUUUUAUUAGAGAAUAAAUGUCAUUUUUGCGGACGUAAGAGUAAAUCUACCAAAAUUUAUUGGGAACGUAAAGUUCGUUGUUGUGCGGAAUGCUUGGAAACGCGUAUGGUCAGAUGUGAUAACAACAAGAUGGAUUCUCAAGAUAUUGAACCAAUUAUUCUUCAGAUAUUACAUUGUAGAUGGGAUAAGAAUGGUACAAGAAUUUAUUGGAAGGAUCAAAUUAUUGAAAAAAUUAAAGAGAUUGAACCUUUAUCACAACCUGAUCGUAUAGAAUGGGGAGAACAACAAUAUAAAAAAUUUAAACAAAAUGAAAGAGAACUUAAUAGGCGUAACUUAGAAGAUAAUAGUGCAAGACGUCAACAACGAUAUGAAAGAAAACAAAUUAUUGAUGAAAAGUUAAAUGAAAUGAUGUCGGAAACUAAUGAAAAUGGCUCUCUAAUUUGGAUUCGCGCUUAUCUUGAAAAAUGUUCAUCUUUGUCAAAGGCAUACAAAUAUAAUCGUCCUUUCACUGAAAGAUCAUGGAAAAUUCUCAAGCAAAAAUUAGUUCGAGAAUAUUGUGAAAUGUUGGACGUUGAAGAAAACGAGGAUGUUGAUUUUACUUGUAGUGAUUAUUGUGAUUAUUUGAGCGAUUUGGAUAAUAAUAACCCUGAAGGCAAAAUCUAA